AUGCCCCCAGAAAGAGAAAUUCAAACAUUAAAGCAAUUAUGUUUUCAAUAUUUAUUAAGAAACCAUGAAAAAAUACCAGGUAAAAAAGUAGCACAAAUUUAUGAAAUCUCUGAUAUUAGAGAAGAGUUUAUUGGCAUGGCAAAAAGAAAAAACCUUGUAGAUGACCAUUUCUUUAACAUUUUUGGGGAUAUUUUUAUAAUCUCAAAUUUAUUUCACAGUAACAGUGGCUUUAAUAAUAAUAUUAAUAAUAACAAUAGUUUUAAUAGUGGAAGUGAAAAUGACGAUUCAAUGGAUCUAGAUACCGCAUCAUCUACAACAACUGGAAGUACAAUUAGUUCAAAUAUAUCAAACGACAAUAACACAAUAAAUAAUAUUGAAAAAGAAAUUGAUAUAAAUAAUGAUAUAACCAGUAAUAUUAAUAAUAUCAAUAAUAACAAUAAUAAUAAUUUAAUUAUAAAUAAUAAUAAUAACAAUUUAAUAAAUAAUAGUCUUCCAACAAUCCCAAGAAAAAUAUCAAAUCACACAAAUAUUGACUUAUCAAAUAUCCAGUCAAUUGAUUUAUCAGGGCUACUCAGAAUUACAGAUCUCAGUGUACACUUAAUAUCGGGAUAUAAACACCUAAAGCAUUUAAAUCUUUCAUUUUGUACAGGUAUUUCAGCAGAUUUUAUAAAACAUUUAAAUAAAAGUAUUCCAUUAGAAUCAUUGAACCUCUAUUUCACCAACAUCAAUGACACAACUUUACAAACCAUUACAACCACAUUCCCCGGAUUAAAAAGACUAUUAAUUGGUGGUUGCAAUUUAAUUACAGAAACUGGUAUCAAAUCAUUAUUAAAAAUGACAUCGCUUACCCAUUUAGAUGUAUCCCAUUGUAGAAAACUAACAAACUCUGCCAUGAAACUCAUAUCAUUCCCAACUCUUAUAUAUUUAAACUGCUCAUGGUGUUUCGAUCUUCAGUCAGGUGAUGGUUGUUAUAGUAAAAUUGCCAAAAACUGUCCAAAGCUUCAAACCCUCCAUAUUGCCUCCUCUGCAAUUGGUGAAGCACAACUCAUUAAAAUUCUAAGCGAAGCUAAACGUUUAACCACUCUCGACAUUAGCCAUUGUACCAAUGCCAUCUCAACUUUAGAUUCUAAAGUUUUCAAGUAUCUAGGAAAUAUCCAAAAUCUUUUAAUCGCUGGCUGUCAAUUCAAGGAACCAAUCAUUAGAAAAAUAUUAGACUCUUCUCCAAAUUUAAAGGAACUAGAUCUUUCACAUCAAGAUAGUCUUACCUGGUCUCUAAUUGAAUCGAUUCUCAAAGAUGAUGCUUUAAUCAAACGUUUAAAAGUUUUAAACUUCAGUUUUUCCAAAUUUGACAAGUUUGAACCUGAUCAAUUAUCAAAAAUUGAUAGUUUAACAGUAUUUUUACCAUCUUUAUAG